AUGCACAACCUCUACUUGCACUACGUAGGUUGCAAAGCCAAUUGGCAAAAGUCAACCCUGCUGAUCGAAAUUCAAAAGAGCAACAGCACCUCUAACGUGGAGUUAUGGGAGUGGUGGACGAUGGAGAAGAUGGAAGAAAAACUAGGAGCAACCUUAGCAGAAGCCUUGAAGCAAAGGCAUUUGGCAGAGGAGGCUAGGAACCCAGAUUUCCCCAGAGAGGAGAAGCUGUGGACGUACAGAAACUACGCAGGUAUGACGGAAACAAAGAAACGAAAGUUCGCGACCUCUACCACUUUGCGUGAAGAAGCUGACCUCAACCAAGAGGAAUCACUCAAUGUUAUGUGCCUUGUUGGAACUUGUUCCUGUCAGCCCCAAGUAUGUCACUCAUCUAAGUGA